UAUAUAUCCAGCUCUUAGUGGCCACCGUCUAGAAGCAAUAGACUGCGAAAGGAACUGAGUAUCAAAUGUAAGCAUCAAAUGUCAAUCAACACCAGAAAUGCGUUUGCCAGUCUAGAUGUCAAGAGGCAGGCCCAUGAUUGGUCAGCGAUGGACAGGAUUCACGUGACGGGACAUCGGGGUUGUUUGCGGGAAGCAGUCCAGCGAUCCUCAAUCAACAAAUAUCGCUCGCGCAAUUCAAAGCAGCAAUCCCCUCAACUCUCACCGAUACCCACGUCUAAUCGCAUACAAUCCCGUCGACUUGCGACCACCACCCGAACCCUGCCAAAAUCCCCACCAAUGCUGUAACCCACAUACAACAACCGACCGCCGAACUCGAAAAUGAACACCGAAUUCCAGACCUCCCUCUCCAACCUCGAAAACAAGCUCAAUGCCCUCAUCACCAGUCUCACGACCUCCCCCACAGCAGCCGGCGCCCCGGCAGCAGCAGUCAGCCUCCUAGAUGCAGACGACUCGCUCACCUCCGCGAUCGCAACCCUCCGCCAACACCAAGACAACUACGCCCGGAUCCUGCGCCUCCGCGCGGAAGCGGCCUCGCUCGAAGAAAAAGUCAAAGGCAUUGUGAAAACAGUCGUGAACUAUGAGAAGGAAAUACGCACAGUCUGCAACUCCGACGAGAUCGACAGCGACUCCGACUUCGACUCCGACAGCUCCGCCUACGACAGCGAUGCCGAGAUGCAAGAUGCGAGCGAUAAGCCGCGGAAGCUACGACGUAUCAACGAAGUGGACUAUAAGCUGCUGCUUGAUUUCGCGCGCCGCAUAAGCAAGUAUAACCACCAGGCGGCUGCGGAUGCGGAGGCCGGGGCGAAAGCGCGGGUCCAGCAGGGGGAUCAUGAUACGGAGAUGACGGGGACGGGGACGAACGGGCUGGAGGAUGGGGAAGCGGCGCCGGUAUCGAGUGUUACGAAGGAUGCGACGUCCUGGCUGGAUGAGUCGGCCAAUAUGACGCGCCAGGUGUAUAUGUUGCCCUAUCCGAUGGAGGAUCGUAUCCGGUUGGGGCUGAUGGGGCAGAUUCAGUUGGCUGCCGGUGAGGGACGGCCCGGGUUUGAUCCUGAUCAGGAGGUCGAGCGGUUGAUUCGCGAGGCGGAGGGAUUUGGGGCUGCGGAUGCGCCGCCGGUUGCGAACGUGGGCGAUGAGCAGAGUCGCGUGGGCGAGGCUGCGAAGGCGGCUGCGAAGGCUGGGUCUGCUGCCGCCGCCAGCAGUGGUGGUGGUAGUGGUGGAGUGUCGGCUGCUGCGCCGAAGCCGAAGCCCAAGGCUACCCUUGAUUUGGAUCUGGAUGAUGAUGACGAUGAGGAUGAUUUUUGAGAGUUGGCCUGAAUGUGCUUUUUUAAUAUAUUAUCUUGGCGGAUCUGAUGUACGCGCGAUUGAUACCAUGCAUUCGGUCACUGCAUUUUUGGAGUACUUUGCUUUUAUGACACACUUGAUGACAAGAAUAAACAACGACUACAGGACAGAGUUUACUCAUUUCACGGUGUAUGAACGAAAAUUCGUUUAUAUGUGACGCGAAGUAUAGAUAGAUCUAGACUUCGCCUAAAGUCAGAU